AUGGAUUUUGAAUUCCCUCAAUUGUUAAACCCAACUGACAACGAACCUUAUAUUCUAGUUACUGAUGAGAAGGACGUUUUGAAAAGCAAAUUAUUGACAGCUCGUCAAUUUAGUUAAGGAGCUGGUGGAAAAGCAGACCUAGUUGUAAUAAAGGACUUUUUAUAGUAUUAAAUCUCGGUUAUCAUUUAAGAGACUUAACAAAAAAGUCCCCAUUAGCUUAUACUCCAGAUGCAGAGUCUGGAGAACUGGUUAAUAAUUUUAAUUCCCAACAUAAAGCCUACAAAAACAAGGUGCAAUCCUAGGUAGACUCAUUUAAGCAACUUAAUAAAAAAUUGUAAGAAGGAUAUGAUCAUGCCUGCAACAAUGUGGUUUCCCAAUUAGUCGAAGGUGUUAAAGGUGAGACCUAAAAUGUGGAAAAAGCAUUUGAGUCUUUACAACAAGUUCUAAAGAGUGAUCCUGAAUAGGAGGCUUCAAUCCCAAAACCAAAAGAAAUUGUUAAUAAAGUAUUAUUAUUCAAAUAUUUCAAAGAUAUCCGACCUAAGAGCAGCUCCAGAAUUGCCUGAGUAUCUAUUUUCAACCACAAAGAAAUUGAGAGCUUGGAGAUAGGCUCCAAAUGAAUUGUGUGUUUGGAACAAAACCAAGGAGCAAUUUUAUAGAAAUAAUCUAGAAUCAACUCUUAAUUAAGAACUCUAAGAUAGAUCUGAAUUGGCUCUCAAAUUUUGGAACCAAUAAAUCAAAAGUUUGGGAGAUUAGUUCUUAAAUAUUUUAUCCGAAGACUCUUCAUUACAAUAAUAGAAUUUCGUUAGCUUAAACAUUGAAACAGCAGAGGCCUUUGCCUUACUAUUAAAUACAAUGAUAACCCCUGAAACUAGGAUAGUGUUACACAUAGGAGAUUUCAAUUAAGCUGAUUCUAAAUCCAUUGCUGAGUCAAUUUCAAGAUUGACAAGUAUUGUGAAUCUAUCAAUUAAAUGGAAUGUCACUAAUAAGGCUUAAGGUUUGUCUCACAUAGCCCAAGCUAUCGGACAAGCUGAACAAUUGAAAGUAUUGACUUUUGAAUUCUCAUCUAAUGUGCAAGCUAAUUAAGCAAAGGAUUUUUUCGCUGAAUUUAAAGAGGUCAAAUUACCAAAUUUGGAAGAGGUCAAUGUAGUUGCUGAACAAUCAAAUAUAAACUCAGCAGUAUAACACGUUGCAAAGGCAUUAAAGUCAGUUGGUGGAGCUUAGGUCUCAAGAGUCUCUUUGAACUUCAGUUAGUCUCAAGUAGAUAAUAAAUCAGCAUAAUAACUUGGCGAUGCUUUGAGUACUUAUAAAGGAGUGAAGAAAUUAUCCUUAAAUUUUUCAGGAUUUUCAUUAAAUUCCAAUAAUAUUAAGGAUGAUGGAUUCAUCGGUUUGAUUCAACAUGUUCCAAAUUUCUCGUCUACUUUAAUUGAAUUAAAUAUCAAUGUUGGAAGAAAUCAAUUAACUGAUGGUUCUUUAGCAGCUUUGAAUAAGCAAUUCUAGAGUGUCAAAUGGAGUGCUUUAAAGGCUGUGAAUAUAAGUGCACAUUACAAUAAAAUAACUGAAGAAGGGGCUAGAAAAUUAGGAAAAUUCCUUCAUGGUCUCCCAAUUUUAGUAAAUUUGUAAUUGAAUUUGAACUCAACUGAAAUCAAUCAAAAGGGAUUGAGUUUUAUUAUUAAUUAAUUGGGUCCCCAAGUUAGUGCAUCAAUUCAAGCAAAAUAAACUCACGUGACUAAGGAGGAGGCAGCAGAAUUGCAAGAUAAGGUCGCAUCAUUGAGCAUUUGA